AUGCGCGCCUCAAGGAAAGGAGCGCUUGCCGCCGCCCUGGCUUCGGCUCUGGCCCUGGAGCCUGUGUCGGCUACGUCUAGCUGCCUUGCUCCCACCGGAGACCCUGUGACUGUUCAGGCCUACGUAAUGGUCGAGCAGAUCCCUGUUCAUCUCAGCGCCGAUAUCUGUUCCAACACAACGUUGAGUGUUGCCGGCACUGUCUUGUCCAUCACCAACGCCCCGACUUUCCUUGUGUCGGACUUUGUGGUCACCAGUACCAUCACUCACACCUCUACUAUAAACUCUUUCUCUAUAUUCGAUGGUCCCUGCGCUACACUUACUGCUCAUGGUGGCCCUGAUUCUGAGCCUACCACCAUUGUCAUCCCCCCUAAGGCCGGCGAUGAGGUCGGAACAAAGAUUAUCUGUACUCCCGUGGCCACGGACAAUGCUGCCUUCUCCGGCCCCUACACGACUCUUACUGCAGGUCAGUGGUCUGGCCAGGGCACGAAGACUCUGACUUUGGCGCCGGCUGGGGGUGAUCCAACAGGCACCGUCAUUGUCUUCGCUCCCGAAGCAUCUGGGCAGGUCGGAGCCCAGGGUGUCUUCACGGGGCCCUAUACCACACUCACCGAGGCCUGGGCGGGAAGCCCCGCGACGACUGUCACUCUCCCGCCCCGAGGUACCGAUAAGACAGGCACCCAAAUUGUUCUAAGCCCUACUGCGGCACCAGCUCUCUUCACCGGGCCUUACACGACGAUCACUGGCACUUGGACGGGACUCCAGCCAACAACCCUGUCUUUAGCGCCUGAGGGAAGUGACCCAACUGGAACUGCCAUUGUCUUCCUGCCGACAUCCGCCGGCUUGAGCUCCUUCACUGGUCCUUACACCACAGUCACCGGAGCCUGGACUGGCGCAAUUCCUACAACCGCCUACCUCCCACCUCAGGGAACCGAUCAAGUCGGAACUGAAAUUGUGUUGACGCCUACCUCCUCCCCAAUCGUCACCCCAUUCACUGGACCAUACACAACCAUCUUUGGGCCCUGGACCGGAACAGUUCCGACCACUGCCAUCCUCACGCCUCAAGGAACUGACCAGGUCGGAACUCAAAUCGUCUUGACACCCACUUCUGUGGCUGGCUCAUUCACUGGGCCAUACACGACUCUGACUGGCCCCUGGACCGGGACUAUUCCUACCACGGUGACCCUAGCUCCGGCUGGAACAGACGCCACCGGAACUCAAAUCGUUCUCGUUCUCACAACCGCCGCUACAUCCUUCACUGGCCCUUACACAACUCUGACCGGACCAUGGACUGGUACUAUUCCAACUACAGUUACGCUUGCUCCGUCUGGAACCGAUGCCACUGGAACCCAGCUCGUGCUUCUGCCUACCGCCGCUGAGACUACCUUCACGGGCCCUUACACCACUAUCAGCGGUCCUUGGACUGGCACUGUCGCCUCCACCCUGUCCAUCGCUCCUACUGGCACCGCUACUGUUGGCACCGUCAUCAUCUUCACUCCUGCUGACCCUACGACUUCUGUAAGUGUCAGUUCCGGGGCUUCAAGCACAACUCCGUCUCCAUCGUCGGCUACCUCAUCAGAUCCAGCCACGAGCUCCAGUGAGACGUCCACUUCUGCGAGCUCGACCACUGUGAUAGAAACCACUACCUCUACGGACACAAGCAGUUCCUCGCAAACUUCUUCAAGCGCUGCUUCUAGCUCCCAAGUGUCAUCUACCGCCUCCUCUUCGCCUUCUGAAUCGUCAAGCUCAACCUCUACCGACCCUAGCAGUUCCGCCUCGUCUUCAACUACCACAUCGACUGAGCCUGCUACAUCUUCAUCUUCCUCAAGCACAAGUUCUGAGUCUUUAAGCGCAACUCCUUCUUCAUCUAGCUCUUCAACCGAGUCGUCCUCGAGCGUGACUUCGUCCUCAUCUAGCUCGUCAAGCUCAUCGACCGAGUCUUCUUCAAGCUCAUCCUCCUCGUCGUCAUCUAGCUCGUCCUCUGAGUCUUCAUCUAGCACGCUGACAGGGACUCCAACAACCACAACCUCGCAGAGCUCCACAGUUUCCGCAUGCGUCGUGACCGCGACGAGCACCUCAGAAUACUGCAACGUCGCCCUGCCCGGAGCCUGUACCUCACUCUCCACCACCAGCGGUCUCGCUCUCGUGCCGGUUGUGGCAUCUUGCACUGUGGCUCUUGGUCCAUACGCAGCAGGCAACGUUGCAACAUGUCUUGCAACCAACGUGGGCCUCACUACUGCCGGCUCGGACAUCGCAAGCUGCAUUCUCACCGCUCUCGAGGGGCGUUGUAUUUCAACCCUGCCGACAGCGUGUACUGAUCUAGCGUCGUCCAACGGUCUGGCUCUUGUUGCAGAUGUGGCCCAGUGCACUAUUGCCCUUGGUCCCUUCGCCGCUGGUAGUGCUGCGACCUGUCUUGCAACGGGAACCAUCACAGCAUCUACUACGGCCACGAGCAUCAUCCAGUGUCUCGAAAUUGCCUUUGGCCUCCAAUCUGGCGUGGUCACAAUCACCAACUCCGCCUACUGCCCGACUGCCACUGCAACUCCUACGCCUUCGGUCUGCGCCACGGUCCCUGAGCCUUGCCAGAGUCUCGCCUCUGUCAACGGCAUUGCCCUUAUUGCGGCAAUUCCGGUGUGUACGGCAGCUCUUGGCGCUUACGGUGUUGGAAAUGCGGCAACCUGUCUUGCUACUGAUGUCAUUGGCCCUCUGAGUGUUGGACAGGAUAUUGUGACCUGCCUGACGACUGCUCUCAGUACGCAGUGCAUCUCGACUUUGCCAGAGCCUUGUCUCGCCCUGGCAGGUGAUACUGCAGCGGAGCUGGUUGUCGACCUGCCGUUGUGCACAGCUGCCCUUGGUCCAUUCGCUGUUGGAGCUGCCCUUACUUGCUUGUCCUCGACCGCUACCAACGGAGACUCGGUUGUCGCCUGCCUCAAUACCGCUUUGUUCCAGACGUAA